GAGAGAGAGAGGCAUGGUCAGAGACUGAGAGCCUGAAUCUGAGAGAGGAAGAAAGCUGGUGAAGGUUCACUGUUUUUUUUCCUGCCACACAGAAUUAUCCCCUACAGAAAGGAUUGAUCUUUUUUAACACUUACUUUUUGUUCUUUCAUUCUCAGUCUUUGUGAAUUUAUGGACUAUGGACUACAGAGGAAUCUGAAAAAAUAGUAAAACCUUCCAUGAACUUUGUGACAGUAUCUGAACUUUUAUUACAGACAUCAACCAGUUCUGAUAUCAGCUGUGUCGGAAUAUCUGGCUUUCCUUUAACAUGGGGUCUGUGAAGGAACUAUUUCAUCUUGGCCUAUUAUGUAUGCUGUGGAAAUGUCUCUCUGGGUGUGACCAGGGCUUCAACAGAAUAAACCGUGAAUGUGUCGAUGUGGAUGACUGCAAAGAAACCCCCAAUCUAUGUGGGAAUCACUCAAAAUGCUUUAACACAAAUGGCAGCUAUUACUGUAAUUGUGAGCCUGGCUUCAAAAACCAAGGGGGUGUUAACUUCACAGCGUUAGAUGGAGAGUGCAGAGAUGACAAUGAAUGCACCAAUAACAACACAAUCUGCGGUCAUGGUGGGAAGUGUUUCAACCUGAUUGGGAGCUUCAACUGCACCUGCCAUCCUGGGUAUACCAACAACAACCAUAUCCGUGAAGUCUGUAAAGACAUAAAUGAAUGCAGUACAGGUGAAGACCUCUGCAAAAAAGGGACUUGUGAAAACAUUGAUGGGAGUUACUGGUGCCGGUGUCUGAAAGGAUACACUAAUUAUGGCAUUGAAAAGACCCCAUGUUCAAAACUUGACUGCGACAACUUCAGCGUGGACAGCAAGAAUGCACCAUCGCUUGGAGGGCUUGCAGACAUUUUGUUAAUGAUGAGAAACAGCUGCUUGGCUCUGUCGAACCCAAGUGCUGCUGGUGAAGUGAAACCUGAAGGAGAGGCGCUACUUGAGAAACUUUUCACAGCGACCGAGGUUGUGCUGUCCCCUGGUUACCUGGACAGAAGUGAAGAUGUGAGCCAUCUGCUCAGUACGGUGGAGAAAGCUAUUAUGCUCAUUGGUCCACAACUCAAAGACCACAACACCAAGCUAGAGACCAGUGAGACAGUAGACGCAGUGAUUGCAGUGCAGAGGGGAAAGACUCGACCCACUGGACCAAUCCAUCUGAGCAGUGAGAAUGCUGCACUUGACACUGACUGGACAACAGCAGCUGGCAUGGGAUCAUAUCCUGGUUUUGCUCUGGCUGCACUAUUGAGCUACAAGAAUCUUGAGAUCUCUGUUAAUGGUUCCUUUGAGGAGCUCACAGAAUAUGAAAAAGAUGGUGCGGAACCGACAUUUAAUGUCUCCUCUAGAGUUGUGUCUGUUGUGGUCUCCAACCCAUCCACUGAGAACCUGAGCCACCAUGUCAACAUCACACUGAGACAUCUACAGAAAAAAAAGGAGUCUCGUGAAGUGAGAUACAUCUGUGUGUACUGGACUGAGAGAGGGACCUGGUCGUCAGAUGGUUGUGAUACACAUCACCCCAACACAACAUACACUGUGUGUAAAUGUAAUCAUCUGAGCAGCUUUGCUGUGCUCAUGGCACUCUACCCUAUGGAGCACCCCUUUGAACUCGUGCUGAUGACCAAGAUAGGGUUGGGCUUAUCCCUGCUGUGUCUCAUUCUGUGCAUCCUGACGUUCAAGUUCUGCCGUUCCAUACAAGGGACUCGAACCACGAUCCACCUUCACCUGUGCAUCUGCCUCUUCAUGGCUGACCUCUUCUUUCUGACUGGCAUUUCACAAACUGAACCUGUGGCCGGCUGCAGGUUUAUUGCAGCGAUGCUCCAUUUCUUCUUUUUGGGGGUGUUUUCCUGGAUGCUGUUGGAAGGGGUGCAGCUUUACUGUAUGGUGGUCCGGGUCUUCAAUGCCACCAUUCGACCUCUCUAUCUAUUCAUCACUGGUUACGGGGCACCCCUUGUUAUCGUCAUUAUAUCUGCCAUCAUUAGACCAACGGGAUACGGCACUAACAAGCACUGCUGGCUUUCACUUAAAGACGGCCUCAUCUGGAGUUUUUUUGGCCCUGUGUGCUUCGUCAUCAUCGCCAACGUCUUCUUUUUCAUCAUCACUGUCUGGAAACUGGCCCAGAAAUUUGCCAGCCUCAACCCAGACCUCUCCAAACUACACAAAAUUAAAGCUUUCACAGUGACAGCAAUCGCCCAGAUGUGUAUACUGGGUCUGAUGUGGGUGUUUGGGGCCUUCCUGUUUCAAGAGUUCUCUAUGGUGGCAGCAUAUAUCUUCACUUUCCUCAACAGCCUGCAGGGAGUGCUGGUUUUCAUCAUGCACUGCCUCUUGUCUAAACAGGUGAGAGAUGAGUACGCCCAUUUCCUGUCCUGUAUCUGCACACCACAGAAGAGAUACUCUGACUUCAGCAGUACCAAUCCCUCCAGUAGUCAGUCACAAGCUUCUCAGAGUGGGCGGCACACGAGCGAAUCCAAAAUAUGAAGCGCUCUACCUUUUACCCAAAGACAGACUAUCACACCUAUCUGGACUAAGUUAUGCCUUAUUUUAAAGGUCUGGAUCACUUGGAAUGAAGAUUCAGUCAUUAUUUACUCACCUUGAUAUCAAAAGAAUAUCUGUUUUAGUUUUGUUGAUUACAACUAAUCAAGAACACCUCCCAAGAUAAAUCUGAGCGGUCAAAGAAAGAACAAGAAAGAAAGACAAUGAGAGAACAUAUUUCUGAUAUACAAAACUGAGUAAAUCUUUUUUUGAAUUGUAAAUAUGGCAAAUAUGUUAGGAGUUGCUGCCUUAAACAUGCAUCUAAUUAAGCCCAGUAGUCAAAUCUCAGAGCCUGUAUUUAAUGGGAUCAUUAUUUUGUUUACGUAACAGAACAUAAAUAUGAGUGGAAAUAUCUGCCAGUCGGUUGCAUUUGCAUUAAAAUGUUGCCUAUUUUCCUCAUGCAUACUUCUACAUUACUCUUACAGUGGAAGUUGCAGUAACAAUGACUGAAUUUCAUUUUGAAGUGAAGUUAUCCUAUCCCACAUGUGUGAUUAACAGCUGGCAGUGGACGACUUCUAAAAGUCUUUAUUGAGGAACUAUUUAAGUUACAGUGAAGAUAUUUUGGUAGCUUAUCAGUUCAUCCAAAAACAUAUCAUAACCUUGACAUAAGCUGUAUUCCCUUUGGAUUAAAAAUGAUGAUGAUAUAGACUAUUUAUUUUCAAGUACAGACUAUAAAGUCUACAACGUGUAGGCUACAAGAAAAUAUGAGUGAUGCUCUUAAUGCUUAGAACAUGAGCAAGCAGUUUGUAUUGUUUAUUUUAUAUAAAUGUUUUAUGUCGAUGUAAAGAUGGGCGUGUUUCUGUUCAAGAGAUCUUUAUAGAGAAUAUUUGUGUUCAUGUUGUGGCGGUUCCCUUCAUGUCCCUGCUAAUUCCAUGUGGGUUUUAUGUCUGUAGUUUUUCUUAAUUUUAAACAAAAUAAGUGACAUUUUUAAUCACUUGUGGCUGUUUUCAAAGAAUUUACUGUAUCUUGGUUUACAGUUGAGCUGUGCCUUUUGUCACCGUUGUAUGUUUUUUUUUUUUUCCAAACCAAAUUUGACAACAGCAGAUCCGCCCUUCUGACAAGACUGUAGCUUCCUGCACUCAGACUCUUCUUAUUUUGUUUUCUUAUUAAAGGUAUUAGCUUGUGCCUUCAGCCAUUUCGAUGAGGUCUAAUGGGAGUUGUACAGACCUGAGGGUUGUUGUCUUUUUUUUAUUGCACUUUUUCUUUGUAAAGAAUGAUAAUCCAGCACAUCUUCACUCACAGUGUGCAUGGGAGAAACUAGAAAACUUGAGAACCAGCCUCACUUACAGAACCUGAGCAGUUUACCGGUUGUAAUGAAGUGUGCAAUUAUAUUUUUGUAUUUUAUAGGAAUUAAGGAAAGAAGAGAGACCAUUUAGAUGUUAGAUAAAUCGAUUUAUGUCACUGAUUUUGCUGUAUGCUGUUUGUUUUUACAGUAAACUGCCUAAUUAAAGCCACGUGUGUUGGAUUUCAACAGCUAAACUAUUCUCUGGUUCUUACACUUGGCUGCACAUUCAUGUGACCACCAAUACCUUUUAUUCAUGCAUUGCUAAAUGUAUUUUUGUAUGAAAAGCUAAAUACAUUAUGCAGCAUUCUGUGAAUGUAAGAAUCUUAUUGUUAAAAUAUACUUUAGUUAUUGUAGUUUGAAGGUAUGAACUUAUUUUUCUACUUUGUUUCAAAAUUCUGUGUUGUUCGGUACUGUUUUCUUUCAAGAAUAUACAUUACAAAUUUUAUUAAAGCUUCUAAUUCA